CAUAUAUAUAUAUAUAUAUGGAUAUGCUAACAAAGCCGUGAAGCGUGCGUCAGGAGAUUUCAAGGUUUAGGGUGUCCGCAAUUUAGCCAUGGCGGAGCAGACGGAGAAGGCGUUUCUUAAGCAACCAAAAGUUUUCUUAAGCUCAAAGAAAUCUGGUAAGGAAAAGAGGCCUGGUAAAGGAGGUAAUCGUUUCUGGAAGAACAUUGGCCUUGGUUUCAAAACUCCUAGAGAGGCUAUUGAAGGAGCAUACGUUGACAAGAAAUGUCCCUUUACUGGUACGGUUUCAAUCAGAGGCCGCAUCUUGGCAGGCACUUGUCACAGUGCAAAGAUGCAGAGGACGAUCAUUGUUCGUAGGGACUAUCUUCACUUUGUGAAGAAGUAUCAAAGAUAUGAGAAAAGACACUCAAACAUUCCUGCUCAUGUUUCCCCGUGCUUCCGUGUCAAAGAAGGAGAUCAUGUGACCAUUGGGCAAUGCAGGCCACUGUCAAAGACGGUGAGGUUCAACGUCUUGAAGGUCAUUCCGGCUGGAAGCUCUUCUAUUGGGAAGAAAGCAUUCACUGGAAUGUAAAUGAGAUUCAGAUCUGUUGGAAAAAGGUGCUAGCUAUUCUAAGGGCUUAGAAUUUUUCUACUAGAGUUAUGACUUGCUUUAUUUGAUCAAAGGAAACCGGAUUUUCUCUGUUUCAUUUAGUGUUAGUUGCAAGUGUGUCUCAAAAGCCUCGUCUUUUUUUUAUAGUAGGACAAUUCAUGUAUUAAAGAGGAAGUGAUUCAAGUAUCAAGAUAAGUCUAUUAGUGGUGAUAAUUUUUCUUGAAAA